UUAAAACAUUGGUGUUUAUAUUCUCUUCUACUUCGUCAAACAUGACAUUUGCGUGGCGGCACAAAUGGGCGGCUAGAGGACGGGAAUAAUAGGCGGGCUGUUGACGGCUCGCGUCAAGCCAAACCGCCCCGCACUUCCGGAAUUGUCUUCCCCAUUUCUGUGCCGCUAUCGAAGAGUUUAACUCGCUAACUACGCGAAUGCUAGCAGCUCCGAGCUAGCCCUGCUAUAAUACAGCGCUGACCCACUAUGCUAAGCUAAGCCUCUUAUGGAAGAUGCCUUUUUCUACAAAUGUCCCCCACAUUAAUCUUCCCCCAAUAAAGCAAAAAAAAAAAAAAAAUGCAUGUGCGGAAGCGAAACGGUCUGAAUUCUGGAUUUUGUGCCCACUGGAGCGUAGCUUUACACAAAAUAAAUCGUUUUAUAUGAGCGGUUAGCUGCUAACCAAUGGGGCUGCAACCUUCUUUUUUUUUUUUGAAGCCGGUGUGCACAAACAAAUCAACGAAGAUGCGUCGAAGGUGGCUCGCUGAUGCUCGGUUGACCGCGUCUACGUUGGAAGCGUUACAUGUGAAAAUGUUUAUCUCCAAAAUGAAUAUCUUUGUAACUAUGGUUAUUCUAGUGUCCAGUUUGUGUGUUAAAUGUACAAAUGUAGGCUUGUUCUGCGGCCACCAGUAGAUAGAGACUUGGAAUUGUUUUUAUUUAAUUGGUUUAUUAUUAUUAUAUAUUUUUUUGCCUUCAAUACCUUACUUCCCUCACUGUUGCUUUUUAGGUUUUAUGAUUACUGCUAUCUAGGACUGUCCCUUUAUUUUAGAAUCAACGAGUAUUAGUUUUUUAAUCAAAUAAUAUGAUAAAAAAUAUAUAAUGCAACAGUUUAUUGCAAUUCCCCCCCAAUUAGUUUUUGUUAAAUUAUUGUUGUUUGAGUGGUGUACUCGGCAACCUUUUGGAAAUAGCUAAGUCUAGGGAUCAUGUGAACGAAGGGCUACUAGAUUGUAAUACACUUCUGAGGCUGUUUCUGUUUCAACUACAAUAUUACGGCUGCAAAUAACCUUUAUUUUCAUAAAAGACAAAGAUUUCCAUUUUUCCCGUAAAUUUACAUGUCAGAAAAUUGGCAAAAUUAUUGAUCAUUGCAGUAACGUAAAAGCAGAUGUUUGCAAAUGUCUUACGGUAUUUUGAUUAUACACAAAAGAUAAUCAGUCGACUUUCAUGGAGGACUCCAGAAAUUGGAAAAUAUUUACAGUUAAGAGCCCGAAAUCACAGGAUUUGGACAAUUUUAAGGGUCAAAAGACAACAUGACCACCAUAGUCGCUGUCAGUCCCAGUGAAUAUCUCCAGCCCUCUACCACCACCACACAGGACAGUCAGCCAUCCCCUUUGGCCCUACUGGCUGCCACCUGCAGUAAGAUCGGACCCCCCGCCGCCCAAGCCCCUGCUACGUCGCCGCCAGCUCAGACGCAGCCUCGCCGCCUUCUCCCUAUCAAGCCAGCGCCUAUCGCACCCGCGCCCCCCAAGAACCUGGGCUUCCUUCAAGCCAAGGGUAAUGUGAUCCAGCUCCCUGCUGGCCUGGGCGCCAGUACGCCUGGCAGUCCCAUCGUGGUCACCAUCCAGCAGAGUGCGGCUCGCCCCAGCCCCCAGACCCCUGCCAACAUCCAGUAUCAGGUGAUGCCACAGAUACAGGGAGCCCAGACCAUCCAGGUGAUGCCGCAGGGGGGCCAGAUUCAGCUCAUACCAGGCACCAACCAGGCUUUCAUCACCACUCCCAUGUCCUUGCCGGCUCAGGCAGCCGCCGCCCCUGUAGCCGCCCCUAUCCCGCCACAAAAGACGGUCGCCAUCAAACCCUCGCCCAAAAUGAGGAAGUCGAGUGCUGCUGCCAACGUUGUGCAGCUGCCCGGUGGACUCACGCUGCCACUCAACGUGGCGACGGGGGAAGUGGGCAGCGCGCAGAUCGUAACCGAGACAGCGGCAGUAGCGCCUGCUAUAGCGGGGAAGCCACGACGAGGUAGGAAGAAAAAAGUGAUGCUGGCCCCUCAAGCGGUGUCCCCAGCCCCACCGCCGGCGCAGCCUCCCUCACCUCCCCCAGAACAGUUGGAGACCAUCUUGAUCGAAGCUGCUGAUAAUAUCAUUCAGGCCGGAAACAACCUGUUGAUUGUCCAGAGUCCGGGCCAGCCAGCAGUGGUACAGCAGGUGCAGCUAGUGCCGCCCAAGCAGGACCCUCCGAUGGUCCAGAUACCCCAGCAGGCUCUGAAGGUGGUGCAAGCCGCCUCUGCCUCACUGCCGCCUGUCCCACAGAGGCAGUCGCCCGCGCCCACGGGCCUGCAGGUGGCGUCACCAGACACGGCGCAAACACAGAUCUUUUUCAAGACAGGAGCUGGUGAGUGGCGGUCCGUGCAACUUCAGGACACUGUUUCUUCAGCAACAACGCCUACCACUCCCGUUGCCACGCCCGCCUCCCCACCCCCUCCCACCACCAAGAAGCCACCAGCGAGCGGCAGGAAGGAACGCACCCUGGCCAAGAUUGCGCCGGCAGGCGGGAUGAUCUCGCUGAACACAUCGCAGCUGUCGUCUGCGGCGCAGGCGGUGCAGACCAUCAGCAUUAACGGUGUCCAAGUGCAGGGAGUUCCUGUCACCAUCACCAAUGCAGGAGGCCAGCAGCACUUGACGGUGCAGACCAUGCAGGGUGGAGGACUCCAGCUGGCGGGGGUGGCGGCUCCUGGGCAGCCGGCCAUCCAGGUGGACCAGACACUUACGCUUGAACUCCCCGGACAUCCCAGCGAGAAAAAGAGACGUAUGGCCUGCACGUGCCCCAACUGUAAAGACGCAGAGAAAAGGCCAGGUGAUGCGGGCAAGCGUAAGCACAUUUGUCACUUUCCCGGCUGUGACAAGACCUUCCGCAAGACAUCACUGUUGCGAGCUCACGUCCGCCUGCACACGGGGGAACGGCCGUUUGUCUGCAACUGGGUGUUCUGCGGCAAGCGCUUCACGCGGAGCGACGAGCUGCAGCGGCAUGCCAGGACGCACACGGGAGACAAACGCUUUGAGUGCAGCCAGUGUCAGAAGCGCUUCAUGAGGAGCGACCACCUUACCAAGCAUUUCAAGACGCACAUAAACACCAAGAACCUGUGAGAGGAAAACAACACUCCACACUGAAAAAUUGGAGUUUGUCACUCGUCCCAUAAUGGGACACCCACCCAGUUCCUAAAAAUAUCCCCCCCACUUUCCCUCUGUGACUCUUGUGUCACACUAUGUACAAAGAAGAAGCAGACUGGCGAUGAUCCAUCCCACUUAUUUAUGACCCCUUUUGGACGAAGAUGGUACACGCCAGCAUGUGUGCAACUGCAGGACACGAGUCAGACUGUGUCUUUAUCCCACAAAAGCCACCACUUUGUUUGGUGCUCCCUCCCCCGUGUGGUUAAAGGUCCCAAUGUCAUGUUUUUUAACAAUAGUUUUUAACAUUUAGGUUUGUGGCUUAAAGCUACAAAGUUGACACAGGGAUUUUCUCCAGCAUCCAAGGUUGUAUUGGAAGCCCCUUUCGCACUAUGUUUGCGUAAAAUCAUGUUGAUGUUGAGCCGGAAAUGGAUUCGCAGAAUUCAGCAAAGUGCAGGGAUAUAAAACGAACUGACACAAUCUACUGAGGUUAAAGUAAUACAAAUAUUGUUAAAAAAAAAAAAAAAACAGACUAGUGACAGGAGUAGUACUCUUUUGAGGGGAAAAGUUCAGACAGAAAUGUACUUCAGUACAAAAUUAACAUGUUUUUAGUAUCAAUUAUAUACAAACCCCAAUGGACCUUUCUGAUGGCGGUGUUAACCUCCGCCCCCUUAGCCAUGUCCCACAAGCUUCCAAAAUGGCGAUUGAACGGAACAUGUUUGAAGUCGAUUCUCUAUUGCGUAUUCCAGAUAAUGUUGGGGUAUGUUUUUUGCCAAAUGCGUCAGACUUGUGCAAGAGAGUUCUACAGAGAAGUCUCAACUAUUUCACGCAAGGAUAUGUACAUGGAAUUAAUAUUUUGGACGAAGCAGGACGCAAUGUCAGAGUUAAAACAAAAUACUGGCGAUCGAUGCAAAAAAGUUUUACGCCUCACAAACUUCAUAUUGAAAUCCAACAAGAUAAAAUAGUGGAAUCGUACUGCGCAUCUAACCUCAAAACCCUAACCUCAAAAGCAGGGUGAGUACUUUUUACUUGGAAAGAUUACGAGUAAUAUCAUUGUAGUCUUUAGAAGUGAGCGGGUGUAUUCAUUUCACUUGGCUCGUAAUGGAACCCGGUGCUCUGUCUUAAAAGUCUGAUGUGAUACGAAAAGGUAAAUGGACAUUUCUCUUGCACGACGUGGCGCAUUUACAUAUCACUAACCCGACUCUUCGGCAUAAAACAUGACACACUUCGUUCGGCAGGUCAGUGACACACUAACAAAGUGAAAGUUGUUGUCCUGCAAUGUAUAAAGCACUGAUAAUAAUGAAAUCAAACUCAGAGAAGAUACUUCUCCCUCACUGACCUUCGAACAUACAGCCUUGUGUUUGUUGAUAUUGUCCACAUUUAGUUGUACGUGCGGUCUUCCGCAAGUCUUAAUCCAUCGUAGACACUUCGUCAACUGUUUUUAGGCUUUGUGAAAUGAAUCAACCGCGCCCCUUGUAUAACCUAGCAGGAUAUCUUUCAUCAGAAUUGCACGUUCCCCAAGCGCAUCUGAGGACCAUUUUCUCCGUAACAUUAACUUUUCCAAGCGCACGCAACCGACAACCAGCAAUGCUUGUGGGACAAUACGGCGAGAGGGGCGUGUCAAGCCAGGGAUUAAGAUUGUACGAGUGAUUGACAGGUCGGAAAGGUCCAUUCCAAUGAAGUUGGGACUUUGUGUAAAACGCAUGUAAAAUGAUUUGCAAAUAUUUUUUAACCUAGAUUCUCUUGAAUAUUCUGAAAAGAUAUUUGUUGUUCAAAUGGAUUUUUUUGUGGGUGUGUGUGUCAAUAUUCAAUAAUCUAGAAUUUAAUGCCUGUAACACGUACCAAAAAAGCUGCGACUGGGGCAUGUUUACCAUUGUUACAUCAACUCUCUUUUUAACAACACUCAAUCAGUUCUUGGUAACUGAUGAAGCUUUCCUGGAACUAAGCUUUCCAAAUGCUUCACUUUGUCUAUUUGGAUUCCCUUUGUCUGCACCAUCAUAAAACUAGCAUUCAAAUGUGCUGUAUAUAGAUCCAUAAAAUCUACACACUCGGGGUCAAGCUAAAGAAUAUUUUUCCUACAGGUUAACAUUUAGCAUUAAUUGUAUGUGGAAUUCUUUCCCAUUCUUGCUUGGGUUGCUCAACAGUGCGGGCUCUCCGUUGUCGUGUUUUACGCUCAUAAUGCGACACAUUUUCAGUGGAGACCAGGAUGGACUGCCGCAGCCCAGUCUAGUUCUUAAGCAUUUUAACUACGAAGCAAUGCUCUUGUAUAACAUUCAGAAUGUGGCUUAGCAUUGUCUUGCUGAAAUAAUCAAGGACAUCUCUAAAAAAAGACACUGCUUGGAUGGCAGCAUUUUUUUUCCUCCAAAACCUGUAUGUUCCUGAACUAACCAAGCAUUAAUAAUGCCUUUACCCGUGUAGAGGGUUCCUAAUGGUAUCGACAAUAACACCCCUCUAUACUGUCACAGAUGCUGGCUUUUUAACUUUGCGCUGAUAACAAUGCAGAUGGCACUAAACACACCAAACAAUCCAGAUGGAUAACUCCCUCUUUGGUCCGGACGGCAUAUGUAGUCCUUGAUUUCCCCCAAAAUUUAAAAUUUAGACUCGUCAGACAACAGCACACUCUUUUACUUUAUCCAAGUCCAUCUCAGAUGAACUUGGGCCAAAAGGAACUGGCUGCAAUUCUGCGUGUUGUUGCCAUAUGGCUUUCACUGUGCAUGGUAGAGUUUUAACUUACAUUAGUAGAGUUUUGUGGUUUUUAAUGCAGUGCUCCCUGAGGCUUUGAAGGUGAACAUUCAGUGUUAGUUUUUGGCCUUGCUUAUUAUGUGGAGAGAUUUCUCCAGAUUCUCUAAAUCUUUUGAUGAUAUUACGGAUCAUAGAUUAUGAAAUCCUGAGAUUCCUUGCGAUUGUCUACCGAGAAACACUACGAGUAGUUAGCUCGCGCAGUUGUUCACAUAGACAUGAACCUCACACCAUCCUUGCUUGUGAAUAACUGAGUAUAGAAUAACUUUGGUGAUGCUGCUUUCAUACCCAAUCAUGACAACUGUUUUUUGUGAACCUGUUCACCUGUGGAAUGUUCCAGACAGGUUUUUUUUUUAUGCCCCUCUCAUAGCUUUUUGGGAGUAUGUUGCAAGCAUCAAAUUCAAAUUGGGUGAUCUGCAAACAUUCAAUAAUGUAUAUUUUAUUUGUGGUAUAUUCGAUUGCAAAAGAAGGAAUUGCAAAAUGUAUUCUGAUUUUAUUUACGUUUUACACGAGAUUCCAACUUGAAUAGUGUUUUAAUUUUUACAAUACCCCUUUUGAUAACUUAGUACAAUAAGAACAAACAAAAUGUAUUCAAAGACUCAAACACAGUUAACGUUCCUCUUUCUCUUUUUAUUUAGGUCGUUUUUACAUCAUGUUAUCUGCAGAGGUUGGGGACAAAAGAGGCGAAGUGAUCUGAAAAAUACUGAUACUUGAAAAAUCGACAAGUAUAAUAUCUGCCACUGCAUAUAUAUAUUUUAAAUGUCUCUGAUAAUACCAAACCAAAUUUUUCUAGUGUUCAUGAUGUUAUAUUGGCUCUACAAUGCCUCAGGAAAUGUGAAAUAUGAAUUUAAAUUAUCUGCGCAUUCCUGAGAUCGAGAAGACAUUUUGGCCCAAGAUCAAGCCAUUCAAAUUUCUCUCGAUCUUAUCAUUGUCAAUAGCGAAGCUCUUCAUUUACAUUUUUGCUCCUGAGCCACCACUGUCAGCAAACGUUUUCUGUCACAAGCGGGUCUUCUUCAUGGAGGCAACCAAUCAGAGGGAUGGGGGUGGUCUUAGCCAAAUAUGGACAAAGUCGAUACGAACCUAGGUCAAACAUGACAAGCUGUCAGAGGGGCCUUAUCUGGACACGCAUGACAAAACCAAGAUGUUUUUUUUUUUCCAAUUAAUUUAACACUUUAAUACAUUUAACGUCUCCCAACUUUGCGUCAUCUCAGUGUGAAAGGGGCUUACGUUUCACGUUAUAAUCUAACCGCAGUAUUAUCAUGUACAUUGUUCAAUAAAUUUUUCACCAUGUAAACCAUUUUUACCUUAGUGAUGUGACAAUCACACAACAGGAGGAUGCAAAUGUCGCUGCGUUGACAGAAUUAAAUCCACAAAGUGUCAGAGCGCCCAUCCUCUUUCACGCAGAUCUGGUUCAAAGCCCUAAAAGGUGGAACUCUUGGUAUCUUGGCGUGAAAAAGGGGUGUGCUCGGUGCAUGGAAGGAGGGAGGAAGAGCCUGCUGGUGUUAUUGUUUGUCCACUCCCUCGGUGCCAUAGUGAAGGAGGAAGACAAUGUACAGUGUGUUGAAACAUGUAACAUUGUAUAUUUGCUUAAUUACUGCUUUGUCAAAGACCUCUAGAGACCCUUUUCUAUAAUAAUAAUAAUGAUGAUGAUUACAGAUGCCUUAGACAGCUAUUUAAAAUAAACUCCUUUUGUCUUUUUAA